GAAGGAUAAGGGAGGGGAGCUAGACAGCCUGCGGUACCGCUUUUGUGGACAACAACUCCCAUUGUUGGGCGGAGAGACAAAUAUCUUGUCGGUAUUUCCAAAAACCGCCAUCUGUACAUCGUUUCGGAUUAGUAGUAUGCGUUGAAUACUUGCAUCAAUCUCCCAUCAUUAGUUGUUUUAGUAUUUUUGGUAGGGACAUAGAAAGUAGCUAUUGUACCCGGUGGUGGGGGGCCGUGUUACCGUCUGAAUUUAACGGAGCCAUGGCGAAAAGUCUGUCUCUUCUUACUGGCAUUUUGUGUGGGACUCUGAUCCCCUUCGUGACAGCUGGAGACGACUGUGAAGCCUACCUAAACACCUUCGGACAUUACCAAGCCAAACUGGACUGCGGUACAUUCCAGUGGUGCUGUGGGACAUGUGACAAUAGAUACUGCUGCAACAGCCUGUCCCUCAGGCUGAGUGAGUCUGAACAGGACAACUGCAUAUUCAGUUUUGCGCGAAUGCCAUCUAUCCUGCCAUCUAUCCACGGUUUCUGUGGCAAUAUGAGCACUUUGACCAUCUUGUCAUUCGUAGUGACAGCUGUCAUCUUCACGAUCAGUUUAAUCUGUUGCUGUGUGUGUCCCUGCUGCUGCUUGUACAAAAUGUGUCGGAAGCCCAGACCGGUGAUAGCCACGACGGCCCACACAACGGUGGUGAAUACCCAUUACCCCCAGCAGCCCGUCCAGCCCUACCAGGGGGCCCCCCAGUACCCUGCCUACCAGACCGUGCCGGUCCAGCCUGGGUAUGGGGUUCAGCCUCAACCCGGCUAUGGAGGUGGCCAGCCCAUACCCACAGCACCAGGCUACCAGGGACAGCCUUUCCAGCCAGGACCACCCCCUCCUUACCAAGAGACUGGUCCAGCCUAUCCUCCUGCUGUCCCAGUGUCUUAUAGUCAGGCUGGGUUCAGUCCAGGACAGCUAUCUUAUCCCCUCCAGGCUCCAGCCCAGCCUCAGCCAGGCUAUCCCUGUGCCCCUCCCGCCCAGCCCGACUUCCUCUCUGCCCAGCCUGCCUACAACCCUGCCUUCAUGGAGACCCAGCCUCCCAAGACUGGCAACUGAAGAAGCUCCUCUCCCAUUCUCCAUCCACCCGCUCUCGUGGGACAGACAGACAGACUGACUGGUGGGAUAGAAACACAGACAGACAGACUGACUGGUGGGAUAGAAACACAGACAGACAGACUGACUGGUGGGAAAGAAACAGA